ACUUAAAAUCGUGAAGAAAACGCAUUUUUUUCGUGGAACAGGAACUAUUUCCUGUUUUUAAAGCCCGCCCCGUUGGCAUGGAUGUUCAGUUCAGGCUCAGACUUAAUCACAUACCCGUGAGCGGUCCUCCUCCUCCUCCUCCUCCUCCUCCUCCUCCUCCUCCUCCCUCUCUGUCCUACUAAUGAUGAAGCAGCAGCAGUUCGACUCUCUGCUGUAGACAUCUCAUUUUUUUAUUUUUCAUUAUUUGUAUUCUUUCUAAACUUGAAGUUCCUGGAGUUGUUGUUGAAUAAGUUGGUGUGAAAUGCUGCGGGUGGUCGUGGAGUCAGCCAAAGGACUCCCCAAGAAGAAACUGGGGAGUCCUGACCCGAUUGCCACAGUCAUAUUUAAAGAUGACAAGAAGAAAACCAAAUCGAUUAACAAUGAACUGAAUCCUGUAUGGAAUGAGGUGCUGGAGUUUGACCUGAAAGGCUCGCCGCUGGACGCCGGCUCCUUCCUGGAGGUGGUUGUGAAAGACUAUGAGACCAUCGGCAGAAACAUACUUAUUGGUUCAGCCAAAAUCCCGUUGAGAGAUCUCGCCUCCGGUCAAUUGAGAUCCCUGCCGUCGAAAAAUGUUCCUUUGCUUGGUGAAAAUGGGCAGAAUAUUGGGGCUACUAUCAAUCUCGUGGUGGCCUACGACCCUCCAGCAAAUGCUGCGCCAAACCCCAACAAUCCUCCAGCCGGGGAUGCGACCGUAGAUGGAGGUGAAGCUGGAAGUGAUGAGAAUGAAGGCGAGACGACCACAGAUUUGGGUCAAAGCGGCUCUGCCGGAGUCUCCUUACCAAAAAAAACGUCCGCCAAUGUUCGCCAGCGGCUGACGAGAGGACAGAGUCGCCAUCGACUCGCCAAUAAGCCUCAAGACUUCCAGUUCAGACUUAUUGGUUCAGCCAAAAUCCCUUUGAGAGAUCUCGCCUCCGGUCAAUUGAGAUCCCUGCCGUCGAAAAAUGUUCCUUUGCUUGGUGAAAAUGGGCAGAACAUUGGGGCUACUAUCAAUCUCGUGGUGGCCUACGACCCUCCAGCGAAUGCUGCGCCAAACCCCAACAAUCCUCCAGCCGGGGAUGCGACCGUAGAUGGAGGUGAAGCUGGAAGUGAUGAGAAUGAAGGCGAGACGACCACAGAUUUGGGUCAAAGCGGCUCUGCCGGAGUCUCCUUACCGAAAAAACAGUCCGCCAAUGUUCGCCAGCGGCUGACGAGAGGACAGAGUCGCCAUCGACUCGCCAAUAAGCCUCAAGACUUCCAGAUCCGUGUUCGCGUCGUUGAAGCCCGUCAGUUGCCUGGCAACAACAUCAAACCGGUGGUGAAGGUUCAUGUGUGCGGCCAAACUCACAGAACAAGAAUCAAGAGUGGAAACAAUCCUUUCUUUGAUGAGAUGUUCUUCUACAACGUUAACAUGCUUCCAGCUGAUCUCUUUGAGCAGAGCAUCAGCUUCAGGGUGUAUAACUCGUAUUCGCUGAGGGCCGACAGCCUGAUGGGAGAAUUCAAGCUGGAUGUCGGAUAUGUUUAUGAUGAACCAGCCCAUUGUGUCAUGAGGAAAUGGCUUCUGCUGAACGACCCAGACGACAGCAGCUCCGGCGCUAAAGGUUACCUCAAAGUCAGCCUGUUCGUCAUCGGGACCGGUGACGAGCCGUCGGUGGAGAAGAGGGAUUGUGAUGACGACCAGGAUGACAUAGAGAGUAAUCUGCUUCUGCCGGCGGGCGUGACGCUGCGAUGGGCCACGCUGUCACUGAAGGUCUUCAGGGCCGAGGACAUUCCUCAAAUGGACGACGCAUUUGUCCAGAGCAUAAAAGAGAUUUUUGGAGCAGAUGAAAACAAGAAGAAUCUGGUCGAUCCCUUCCUCGAGGCUCGCUUCGCUGGCAAGAAGGGAUCGUCUGACAGGAAAUGACGCUGUUGGGACCACAUACCUGGACCUGGCAAAGAUCGCUUCAUCUGGUGGAGAGACUGAAGAAGAACAUGCUGGAAACGCUGACAGACCGUCCUAUGAAGGUUCAUCCAUUUUUAUGCUUAUUACAGAGUUCUGUAAACUUUCUUUUCAUCGUAGGGAUCGUCUGACAGGAAAUGACGCUGUUGGGACCACAUACCUGGACCUGGCAAAGAUCGCUUCAUCUGGUGGAGAGACUGAAGUGAACCCCGUAGAAUCUGAGGUGGGUUUCCUGCCGGUGUUUGGACCCUGCUACAUCAACCUGUACGGCAGCCCCAGAGAGUUCACGGGCCUGCCAGAUCCCUAUGAGGACCUCAACUUUGGCAAGGGAGAAGGCGUGGCCUACCGAGGCCGGAUAUUGGUCGAGCUGUCCACAAAACUGGAUGAGAAAGCAGAAAAAGCAAUAGAUAAUAUCCACAGUGACGACAUCCUGGUUGCACAGAAGUACCAGAGGAGGAGAAAGUACUGUCUCUGCGCAGUCUUCCACAGCGCCUCCAUGAUCCAAGAACCCGGAGAACCGAUCCAGUUUGAGGUCAGCAUCGGUAACUAUGGAAACAAACUGGACACCACCUGCAAACCUCUAGCCUCCACUACCCAGUACAGCUGUGCCGUGUUCGAUGGUAACCAGUACUACUACCUACCGUGGGCAAACACCAAACCAGUGGUUGUGCUGACGUCCUUCUGGGAGGACAUCAGUCACCGCCUGAACACCGUCAACAUCAUCCUCUACAUAACUCAGCGUCUGCAAUCCAACCUGGAGGCGUUUAAAGUUGCCAUUUUGGCUAAAGUCCCGGACAACAAACUUGUAGAGGUGUGGCUGCAGCUGCUUGAUCAGCUGGUUGAAGAUCUGGAAAGAUUUCCAACACCUGAGUUGGAGGGCUGCCCCAACCUGACAUCGUUGGACAUCCAAAUGAAAAAGCUGAGAGACAUCACCUUAAACGGCAUCAAGGAAGCUGUGAACCGUAUGAGACAAGAGGCCUCCGAGAUCCGUGACACUCUGUCCGACAUAGAAACCUGGCUUGACAAACUCAAACAGCUUGCUGAGGAGCCACAAAACAGCAUGCCCGACGUGGUCAUCUGGAUGCUGCGAGGGGAGAAAAGAGUGGCGUACAGUCGUAUUCCAGCUCACGAAAUCUUGUUUUCCACAUACAGCGAGCAGGCCUGCGGACAAAACUGUGGCAAAACUCAGACUGUCUUUCUAAAGUAUCCCAUGGACAAGGCAAAAGGAUUGAAGGUGCCAGUUCAGAUUCGAGUCAGCAUGUGGCUGGGCCUUUCUACGGAGGAGAAAAAGUUCAACUCGUACUCAGAGGGAACGUUCAGCGUGUUUGCCGAGCUGUAUGAAAACCAGGCCAAGGUCUUCGGGAACUGGGGAACCACAGGACUGGUGGGGCGCCACAAGUUUUCCGAUGUCACGGGCAAACUGAAGCUGAAACAGGAGUACUUCAUUCCACCCAGAGGAUGGGAGUGGGAAUCUGACUGGUUCAUUGAUCCAGAAAAAGCUCUUCUCACAGAGGCAGACGCAGGACACACUGAGUUCAUGGAUGAGGUUUUCCAAAAUGAAACCCGCUUCCCUGGGGGAGAGUGGAAAGCUGCAUCUGAGCAAUAUACUGAUGUGAACGGAGAGAAGAGCCGUAACCCCUCAGAGUUUGACUGUCCUCCUGGUUGGAUUUGGGAGGACAGCUGGACUGUGGAUGUCAACAGAGCCGUGGAUGACCAAGGUUGGGAAUACGGAGUGACCAUCCCUCCAGAUGACAAGCCCCGGUCCUGGGUCCCGGCAGAGAAGGUGUACCACGUCCACCGCAGGAGGAGGCUGGUUCGACCUCGCAAAAGAGAUCCGUCCUCUACAGGAUCAGCUGUGGAGAAGAGAAAUCAAGGCGACCCCGAGGGCUGGGAAUUCUCUUCUCUGAUUGGAUGGAAGUUUCACAGAAAAGAGCGUUCGUCAGAUACGUUUCGCCGAAGACGCUGGAGGCGGAAAAUGGCACCAGAAGAUCGACUUGGGGCUUGUGCCAUCUUUCAGCUGGAGGGAGCGCUGGGCGUUGAUACAGAAGAGAAGGAGAAAACCUCCAAAGCCAACGCCACCAAAGUGUUUGGCGCCAACACCCCCACUGUGUCAUGCACAUUUGACAGGUCAUACAUGUACCAUCUCCGUGUCUACGUCUACCAAGCAAGAAAUCUGAUGUCUAUGGAUAAAGACAGUUUCUCAGAUCCCUACGCACACGUGUCUUUCCUGCACGUCAGUAAGACGACAGAGAAACUCAAAGCAACGCUGAACCCAACCUGGGACCAGACUCUGAUUUUCAACAGUGUGGAGAUUUACGGGGAUCCUCAAAAGAUCGCUCACCGUCCUCCUGACGUGGUGUUGGAGUUCUACGAUGAAGACCAAGUGGGAAAGGAUGAGAUGCUCGGCCGCAGCAUCUGCACCCCACUGGUGAAGCUGAGUCCAGAAAUGGACCAGACUCCCCGGCUGUUGUGGCAUCCCAUCAUCCAGAAGGGGCAGAGGGCUGGAGAAGCACUGAUCGCUGCUGAGCUCAUCCUAAAAGACAAGUCAGAUGAUUCCAACCUUCCUUUGGUUCCUUCGAUGAGAGCCGAGAGCCUCUACAUGGUUCCUCAGGGCAUUCGGCCUGUGGUGCAGCUCACUGCAGUGGAGAUCCUUGCUUGGGGUCUGAGGAACAUGAAACCUUAUCAGCUGGCGUCCGUGUCCUCACCCAGCCUCGUGGUGGAGUGUGGAGGCCAAAGAGUAGAGACGGCAAUCAUCAAGAACAUGAAGAAGAGUCCCAACUUUCCUGGCAACGUCCUCUUCAUCAAAGUGCUCCUCCCGAAGGAUGAGAUGUACACGCCUCCCAUUGUGCUGAAGGUGAUCGAUCACCGUCCGUUUGGCAGGAAGCCCGUGGUUGGUCAGUGUACGAUCGCGUCUCUGGAGGAGUUUCGAUGCGACCCGUAUGCCAUCGUUCCAGAGGGAGCCAGAUCUUCCAAAAUGGCUCUUAUGAUGGCGUCCCCUCACAAAGACGUCGCCAUCACCAUGGAGGAGACAAGCCCCCUACUGGAGGCUCAGCUUGCCGAGAAGGAAAAAGAGACGGUUGAUUGGUGGAGUAAAUUCUACGCUUCAACAGGCGAGCAGGACAAAUGCGGCCCCUACCUGAAGAAAGGAUACGAUACGCUGAAAGUUUACGACAGUGAAUUGGAGAAUGUCCCAGAAUUCAAAGGGUUGACCGAUUUCUGCAACACCUUCAAACUGCAACGCGGCAAAAAUGACAAUGGAGACGAUGACCCCACCGUGGUCGGAGAGUUCAAGGGUGCCUUCAAGGUUUACCCCCUCCCCGACGAUCCGGGUGUUACCACCCCACCCCGUCAGUUCAGAGAGCUUCCUGAGAGUGGACCUCAGGAGUGUCUCGUCAGGAUAUACAUUAUUCGGGGGAUAGACCUGCAGCCCAAAGACAACAACGGCCGAUGUGAUCCGUACAUAAAGCUCUCAGUGGGGAGGAACUCGAUUGAAGACAGAGACAAUUACCUCCCCAACACGAUAAACCCUGUCUUUGGAAGGAUGUUCGAGAUGACGUGUUUCCUCCCACAAGACAAGGACCUGAAGAUCUCCGUCUACGACUACGAUCUGCUGACUCGCGACGAGAAAGUUGGCGAGACGGUGAUCGACCUGGAGAACCGCUUCCUGUCCCGAUACAACUCCUAUUGUGGUCUUCCUCAAACCUACUGCCUUUCUGGUGUCAAUCAGUGGAGGGACCAACUGAAACCGUCUCAGAUUCUGGAGAACUUGGCCCGAUUGAAGGGAUUGUCUAAACCCAGAACUGAAGACAACGGCACGUCGCUCACGUUUAAUGGAAAGGAUUACACUUUGGCUCAGUUUGAGAACAACAAAGAAAUUCAUCAGCACCUGGGUCCAGCCUACGAACGUCUCUGCCUUCACGUGCUCAGAACGCAGGGACUCGUCCCCGAACACGUGGAGACCAGGACUCUCUACAGCAGCUUUCAACCCAACCUCUCCCAGGGGAGGCUUCAGAUGUGGGUCGAUGUCUUCCCCAAAACUAUUGGACUUCCUGGACCUCCCUUUGACAUCACACCACGCAAGCCAAAGAAGUUUUUCCUGCGUGCUAUCAUCUGGAACACCACGGACGUGACCCUGGAUGAGACCAGCAUCACCGGAGAACGCAUGAGUGACAUAUAUGUCAAAGGCUGGAUGCCCGGUAUGGAGGAGGACAAGCAGAAGACCGACGUCCACUACAGGUCCCUGGAUGGAGACGGGAACUUUAACUGGCGCUUCGUUUUUGGCUUUGACUAUCUGCCAGCCGAACAACUCUGCCUGGUUUCCAGGAAGGAACACUUUUGGAGUCUGGACAAAACGGAGUUCAGGAUUCCCCCCAAGCUAACCGUGCAGAUAUGGGACAACGACAAAUUCUCCCUGGAUGAUUACCUCGGUACUGUUGAGCUGGAUUUGCACAAGCUGGUUGCUCCUUCAAAGACUCCAGAGAAAUGUUCCCUGCAGCUGUUGGAUAAGCAGGAAACAGGAGGACAACGCAAGGUGGACAACACCAAAUCUCUGUUUGCUCAGCAGGCGGUCCGAGGCUGGUGGCCGUGUGCCAUUGAGCAGGACGGGAAAAAGGUUCUCGGGGGUAAAGUGGAGAUGACUCUGGAGAUCAUCAGUGACGCAGACGCAGAGGAGAGACCUGCAGGAAAAGGAAGGGAUGAACCCAAUAUGAACCCGCGGCUGGACCCUCCAAAUCGCCCAGACACGUCCUUCUUCUGGUUCACCAACCCCUGCAAGACCAUGAAAUUCAUCGUAUGGAGAAGGUUUAGAUGCCUCUUCAUCGCCCUCAUCAUCCUCACCAUCGUUAUCCUCUUCCUCGCCAUCCUGCUGUACUCUCUACCAAACUACAUCUCCAUGAAGAUUGUGAAGCCCCUUCAGUAACGCUCCAGCGGAGGGGUCGCCAUGGUAACGCCAUAAGGAAACAAUCCGCUGAAAACAAUCUGUCACAGAGCUGCUUCCAUGUUUUGCACUAUCUCAGCAUUUCAUGUCGUCUUAUUGUGACGUAUGUGACAUCUGGGAUUUUUUUACAAACCACUAUUUUUAUAUCACUUUACAAUCGAGCACAAUUGGCACCUUUGAUGUUAGGUUGCUGUAUCUCUGUGGAAGUUAUUCCACAUUAAACCAUUAAGUUCUGAACAAACAUGACAGGAGGACAUUUUAUUUUGAAAAUACGCUUAGUCUUGAGAACAAAAAUAACCCGGGAUUUAAAACCGUUUUCUCGACUAAAUCACGAUUUGGUGACAAAGCUUUAUGAAAAAUUUAUUUUAUUUGUGCCUUUUAUGUUUUUUCUAUGCACAAAAGUGAAGCAACAAGAAUAACGGAAUUAAAUAAUCCAGAUUUCUUCAUUUUUGCAGGAUGGUGUUAGUUUUUUCUUCUUGAGCAGAGCAAUUUAAGCAGAACAUUUGAGUCAAUUUGUGUCUGCUUUUAUUUCAUUUUUAUGUCUCUAAAAUUAAAUGAAUUUUGGAGUAUGAAACUUGUCUUUUUUAUAAAAAAUGUUUGCUGGUUGAGCUCUAUAUGAAUAAACUCAGCAGUGAAAAAGUU